AUGUGGUUCGCGGCCUUGGUACUCAGUCUUCUGAGCAUCGCAAUGGCAGCAUCAACAACCAUCGACCUCGCAAAACUCGUCAAGUCAUGCCAUCAUACAGUGUUUGGAUCUCAAGACUCGGAGUCAAAGCGAAAACCACGACCAUUUCCUCUUCUCGCCCUGCCACCCGAGAUCCGCCUCCAAAUCUAUCGCUAUGCACUUCCCCAGCAACAGACCAUUAUUUUGACGAAGCCAUCGGCAGCUUACUGUCCGUUUCCACCAUCAUCUUCACCCCUAUCGAUAUAUCUGCCUGCUGUGUUUGAGAAGCUGCACUAUGGAUGUCCCUGUCAAACACGACUGACCCCGCCAUUUNUGCCACUGCUCCAAACUUGCAGACUCAUCCGCAAUGAAGCACAAGAAUUGUUCUACGCCAACAAUGCUUUUGUACUGAACAUCGAUGUUCCGAGGACUCUGCUCAGAAUCCCUGGAUUACUUGCCCUCCUCGACAACAGCCUUGGCGGCAGCAUCUUGAGCAUGAUCAAAGACUUCAGAAUUCGGAUAGGAGGGAAUGUCAUGGUUGAUGUCUGUGGUCCGCCAACUAGGUGGAGGAAAUAUGGUGGUAGGGUCCUAGUAGCGAGAGUACCCGAGGAUGAGAUCACCGGCUUGUUGAGAGGCGAGGAGAAUAUUGGAAAGUGUGUUGAGGGCGUUCUGGAUGAGUUCAAGGGUGGUGGUGUGAACGCUGAUCUCAUCAGGAAGGUGCUAGACAAGGUGUUCUGGAAUUGGCAAGAGAGCGCUUGA